AUGGCGAUAACAACUCACAAGCCAAUAGGAGCCUCUAUUUUCUCUCUAAUCCUUAAAAAAAAGGCUAUUCGCCUAAAUCUUGCUUCCUACUCCUCUCUCUCUCCCUGCGAGUAUUGUUCGACAAGAGCUAACCAGAAGCAGAAGAGUCUUGUUACGUUCCUGAGCAGCAGUACAAGGGGAAAGGGACGUUCUUUAGUGAGUGUGAAAUCAGUGUUGAACAACACAAGACCGAACAUCAACGAUAAUGAAACAGCUGAGCCUUCCAAGGUUCUUCUGGAGAAAUUAUUCGCUCGGACACAGAGAUUGGAGAGACAAACGAAUCAAGACUCGGUUUAUCCUGAUGAGGAUAUGCCCUAUUCAAGCCUUGGGGUGCUUGAGUCUGACCUUCAGGCUGCGUUAGUAGCCUUGUUGAAAAGGGAAGAGGAGUUGCAAGGUGCAGAGAGGAAGGUUCUCUCCGAGAAAAAUAAACUGAACCGGGCAAAGGAGGAGUUAGAAAACCGAGAGAGGAUACUUGUUGACGCUUCUUUGAAGCAUGAAAGUCUACAAGAGGAGCUGAGGAAGGCAAAUGUGGAGUUAGCUUCUCAAGCUAGAGAGAUAGAAGAAUUGAAGCAUAAGCUUUGGGAAAGAGACGAGGAAUUUGUUGCCUUGCAAUCGUCCUUGGCUUUGAAAGAGCGAGAGCUAGAUAAAAUGCGUGAUGAGAUUGCAAACAAAAGCAAGGAGGUCUCUGUGGCUAUUUCAAAUUUUGAAAACAAGUCGCAACUCUUAAGCAAAGCCAAUGACGUUGUUAAGAGACAAGAAGGUGAAAUAUACGCACUUCAGAGAGCUCUCAAGGAGAAUGAAGAAGAACUAGAAAUUUCUAAGGCUACGAAGAAACUUGAACGGGAAAAACUCAGAGAAACAGAAGCCAACUUGAAGCAGCAGACGGAAGAGUGGCUGAUAGCCCAGGAUGAAGUGAAUAAGCUUAAGGAGGAGACCGUGAAACGGUUAGGAGAAGCCGAUGAAACCAUGGAGGACUUCAGGAGAGUGAAAGAGCUUCUGACUGAUGUGAAAUUUGAACUUGUUUCUUCUCGGGAAGCUUUGGUAAUUUCCAGGGAGCAAAUGGAAGAAAAGGAGCUACUAUUAGAAAAACAAUUAGAGGAACUCGAGGAACAGAGGAAAAGUGUGUUAUCAUACAUGCAAAGCUUGAGGGAUGCUCACACUGAAGUAGAAAGUGAGAGAGUAAAACUCAGAGUUGCCGAGGCGAAGAACAUUGCACUUGAGCUGGAAAUAUCGGUCCAAAAGGAAAUGCUGGAGGAAUUACGAGAGGAGUUGAAGAAAGAGAAAUCUCUGUUGGAGCAAGCUACGCAUGAUAUAUCCGUUAUUCAAGAUGAGCUGAACAAAAAAACUGACGCUUUUCAGGUGUCACAGAAUCUGCUUCAGGAGAAAGAGUCAAGCUUGGUGGAGGCCAAACUAGAGAUUCAGCAUCUGAAGUCUGAACAGGCUUCUCUAGAACUAUUACUACAAGAAAAGGAUGAAGAACUCACCGAAGCUCGAAAUAAAUUGGAAAUAGUGAACCGGGAGGUAACAGAGCUAAAGAUGCUUAUGACCACUAGAGAAGAUCAGCUUAUGCAGGCAACUGCAAUGCUCAAGGAGAAAGAUGUCCACCUUCACAGAAUAGAAGGUGAGCUGGGCAGUUCCAAGCAGAAAGUCACUGAAGCUGAAAUGGUGGUGGAAAGAAUUGCAGAAUUGACGAGCAGAUUGCUUAUGUCAACCACCAACGGUCAAAAUCAGAACGCAAUGAGGAUUGACAAUGAGAUAAGUUUUGACUCGAUGCAGGAACCACUAGAGAAACCUCACGAUGAUUACGGUAUGGAGAACAAGCGGCUAGUGAUGGAGUUAAACUUCACCAGAGAAAAUCUUCGGAUGAAAGAAAUGGAAGUUCUAGCUGUGCAGAGGGCUUUGACGUUUAAAGACGAAGAGAUCAAUGUGGUCAUGGGAAGAUUAGAAGCCAAGGAGCGGGAACUCAAGAAAUUGAAAGAAGAAACGGUCAAUGAAAGUGAAGAUUUGAAAAUGCUAUAUGCCUUGGCACAAGAGAGAAUCGAGGGGAGAACAAUGGGUGAUCUCGCCAUAGAGAAGCUUCAGCUUGAGGCAGCUCAACUCGAAGUUGAAGCGGCAACGAGCGCAUUACAGAAGCUUGCAGAAAUGAGCACGGAACUUCUAACUCAAGCUGACAUGAGCAUCGAGGCUGACUCCAAUUUCAUUGUAAUGCCAGAAGACGGGAUUCAUCGGGAAAACAAUUCAGCCGAAAGCAACGAUUGUAUUACCGAGGUAAAAUCAGAAGUUGUCAGGCUCUGGUCCUUAACAGAGAAACUCCUGGAGAAUGCAGGAAUUGUUGCUGGUACAUCCACAGGCAUGAAAGGUGCGACUUUAUAA